AAGGGAAAUAAAAUACACCAACAGCCCCUAUAGAAUACAGCCACAAGAUGCCGCCGAAGGAGGGACAAACAAAGAAGGCGAAGAUGGCCGCGGCCAACAACGCCAGCAAGCGCGCGACGAAGAAGUGGAGCAAGGGCCAGACCCGUGAGGCCCUUCAGAACGCCGUGAUGUUCGACAAGGACACCCUCGAAAAGCUCCGCAACGAGGUGCCGAAGUACAAGCUCAUCACCCCCGCCAUUAUCUCCGAUCGCCUGAAGAUUACCGUUUCUCUUGCCUCUGCUGCGCUGAAGCAGCUCUGCCGCGAGAAGCAGAUCCGCCUGGUGUCGUGCUCCAGCAAGCACCGCGUGUACAGCCGUAUUGUGGUGGCCGCCCCCCCUCAGGAGGCUUCCAGCUAGAGAGGAGAUCGGAGGUGACCAGGAAGAGAAUGAACACACACGAGGGGGAGGAGGCUGACCAUCCCCUCCUUUCCCUCUACCCUACUUCAAAUUCUCGUUCAGUUCGAUUUUAGGAGGACAAUGGUUAAGUGAUUUCCCUUUCCCUGUACUUAUUCUUAUUUCUUAAAAAAACCACAACAAAGGAAAAAGCAGACAAGGACAUAAAGUCCACUGUCUUUUUUUUCUCCCCAUUUUGAUCGAAACGAUUGGGAA